AUGAAUCAGAACGUAGUAUACCUGAAUAUCCGUCUUCGUCCCUCGUUCCCUUCGUUGGAGGGAAAGGGAUUUUUACAACUUAUGACAGAACUGGUUCCACUCUAUAAAGUUCCCAGCAGGGAGACAGUUAAAUUGCGCGUGGAUGAAAAAUAUGAAGUGUUGUCAUGUGCUUUUAAAGAAUAUAUUCGUAAAAGUGACACUUAUUGUCUAACUUAUGAUAUAUGGACGGAGCAAAUGAAAAACGAGUCGUUCAUGGGAGUAACAAUUCAUUUUUUAGACAAUUUGCAUCUGUUAAGUGGAACUUUACGCCUUAUUGAGCUUCGCGAAAGUCACACAGCUGCUUAUUUAGGAGAAAAGUUGUCGCGACUUUUUAUAGAGUGGAACGUGGUCACAGAUAAAGUUUUUGUUUGCAUAACAGAUAACGACAGUACCAUGAUAAAAAUGAAUCGGAAUUUAUUCGGCGACAAUAAAAUAAUACCUUGUUUCGCACAUACUAUAAAUUUGGUUGUCACUCAAGCCAUUGACAAGUCUACGGAAGUGUCAUCAUUGAUUAUUAAGGUGAGCGACAUUGUUAAGUUUAUCAAGAGGAGCGUUUAUGCUAGUGAUGAUUUGCGAAAGAAACAGAUGGAAGCUGGAACGUCUGAAGGUACAACAAAAAAGAUGAUUCUGGACGUCAAAAAAAGAUGGAACUCUUGUUUUUACAUGUUGGAGAGGUUUGUUCAGUUAUCCUCUUUUUUGAGUGAAGUACUUCUCACUCGCCCGGAAGCACCUUCCAUGGUUAAUGGCUCUGAGCUGAAUAAUAUCAAAGAGGUAAUUGAGUUACUAAAGUCUUUUGAAACUGUUACCAGGGAGAUUUCUGCGGACUCCUAUGUUACUGUUAGCAAGAUAAUACCCCUGGAGGAAACAAGCGACGAAGAAAAUGACUUGGAUGCAAUCGUAAACGUACCACCGGUGACACCGGAAGAUGUGCUUAACACACUAAAACGUGUAAAAGACUGCAAGGCGCUUGGCCCAAAUCGGGUUCUUAACAAUGCGCUUAAAACCGCGAUUCGAUCAAAACCCCACACAUUCGUCAACCUAUGCAGUACAUGCCUGGCUGAAGAAACUUUCCCGAAGCGAUGGAAAUUGCAACACUUGGUGCUGCUAUUUAACCAAGCAGCAACCUGA